UGAAUAUUAGGGCUUAAUCAAUAACUUCACUUGUCUUACCCUAGAGCCGCCCUUGGCCGCAGCCUAAAGCCGAACCUGAAAAAACCGACAAUAAUUUAUGGAAUACAACACACAGCAAAUACAAGAACAUGGCUAAGCUUCCGCUUGUGAAAGCGAGCCCGUCGGGGGUAUGGUACGUUGAUGCUGCAGAAUUAGAAGAUAAAAUUAUUGGAGAGAAGAAAAAUGUUGAGAUUAAGAAUUUAGACGAAUGGAAAAAGAAAGUGGAAAAGAAGAAGGAAAUGGGGGAGAGGUUAUUGGCGCAGUAUGCAAUGGACUAUGAGUCGUCAAGAGGACAAAGUGGAGAUAUUAAGAUGGUACUUACCACGCUAAGGUCAGGAACAGCUGCUGAUAAAGUGUCCGCAUUUUCUGUUAUGAUUGGCGAUAAUCCCACUGCCAAUUUGAAAUCACUUGAUGCUCUUUUAGGGAUGGUGACAGCUAAAGUUGGAAAACGCCAUGCUUUGGCAGGUGUUGAAGCAUUGAAAGAACUGUUUGUUUCUAGUCUGCUGCCUGAUCGCAAGCUGAAGACACUCUUUCAGCGGCCGAUAGAUCAUAUUCCGGAUAAUAAAGAUGGUUACUCGCUUCUACUCUUUUGGUAUUGGGAGGAAUGUUUGAAGCAAAGGUAUGAGCGGUAUAUCGCUUCUCUUGAGGAAGCGUCAAGAGAUGUCUUAGAUAUACUCAAAGACAAGGCACUAAAGACAGUUUAUGUUUUGCUUAAGUGCAAACCAGAACAAGAGCGUCGAUUGCUUGCUGCCCUAGUAAACAAGCUAGGAGAUCCUAAAAACAAGGUUGCAUUUAAUGCUGAUUAUCACCUAUCAAAGCUUUUGGCUGACCAUUCAAAUAUGAAGGCUGUGGUGAUUGACGAAGUUGAUAAUUUUCUUUUCCGGCCUCAUCUGGGAUUGCGAGCCAAGUAUCAUGCUGUUAACUUUUUAAGCCAAGUUCGUUUAAGUCACAGGGGGGAUGGCCCAAAGGUGGCAAAGCGUUUGAUAGAUGUAUAUUUUGCUCUAUUUAAGGUCUUAAUAUCUGAAGCAGGGGAUGGACGGAUGAUGAAUAAAAAGAGCGAGGGACAUAAAGAGGUUUCUGGUACUUCGAAAGAGAAGAAAGAAAAAGAUUCAUCAGAAUCUCAUAUUGAAAUGGAUUCACGCUUACUAUCAGCACUUCUUACGGGUGUGAAUAGAGCAUUCCCUUUUGUUUCAAGUGAUGAAGCCGAUGAUCUAAUUCAGGCCCAUACACCCGUCUUGUUUCAGCUGGUUCAUUCAAGUAACUUUAAUGUUGGAGUUCAAGCUCUCAUGCUCCUAGAUAAGAUCUCAGCAAAAAAUCACAUUGUUAGUGAUCGAUUUUAUCGUGCCUUAUAUGCUAAGCUCCUGCUACCAGCUGCAAUGAAUUCUUCCAAAGAGGAAAUGUUUAUUGGCCUGCUACUAAGGGCUAUGAAAAAUGAUGUAAAUGUGAAGCGAGUUGCUGCAUUCUCAAAGCGAUUGUUGCAGGUUACAAUUCAGCAGCAGCCUCAAUAUGCAUGUGGGUGUCUGUUUCUUCUGUCUGAGGUCCUCAAGUCCAGACCAACUCUCUGGAACAUGAUGCUUCAGAGUGAGUCUGCUGAUGAAGAUCUUGAGCAUUUUGAAGAUAUUACAGAAGAAGAUGAAAAUCGACCCAAUCCACCAAAGCGAACAGAUAAUGCAAGUGAAGUUGCUCAAGAACCUAACCACUUGCAAAUUCGCAAUCAUUCCCUGCAGGAAGAUGGUAGUUCUACUUCCGAAUCCGAGGAUGAUUCACUCCAAGCUAAUGUGUCGCCUGCUAGAGGUGGUUUAGAUGAACCAAAGGAUUCUAGAUUGCUGGCCGGAUUUAACAAACUUCUACCUGAAGGUUCAAAUGAAAAGCACUUAUUGCCCGGAGGAUAUGAUCCACGGCACAGAGAACCUUCAUUCAGCAAUGCAGAUCGUGUUAGCUGGUGGGAGCUGAUGGUACUGGCAUCGCAUGCGCACCCAUCAGUUGCUACCAUGGCUAGAACCCUUCUUUCAGGAGCAACCAUUGUGUAUAAUGGUAACCCCCUGAAUGAUCUUUCGCUGAAUGCCUUCCUCGACAAGUUCAUGGAAAAGAAACCAAAACAAAGCACUUGGCAUGGUGCCUCCCAGAUUGAACCAGCUAAGAAGUUUGACAUGCAAGGGCAGUUGAUUGGGUCAGAUAUUCUCUCCUUGGCUGAAACAGAUGCCCCUGAGGAUCUCGUCUUCCACAAAUUCUACGUAAAUAAGAUGAAGUCGUCGAAGAAGCCUAAGAAGAAAAAGAAGAAGACGCCAGAGGAUGAGGCUGCUGAGGAGUUUUUGACUGCGGAUGGUAGCGAUGUCGAAGAUGAAAUUGAUGAAGAGGCUGCUGAAGAGAGUGAAAAUGAGGAAAUCGACAGCAUGUUAGAGUCCAGUGGGACUCCCUUGGAAGCUAACGGUGAAUAUGAUUACAGUGAUUUGGACGAGGUUGCUAACGAAGAUGAUGACGAGUUGCUUGGUGAUAACAGCGAUGAUGAGAUGAAUGCUCUUCUGGAACAUGAUGGAGCUGACAUUAAUUCCGGCAGUGAUGAUGAAAAUGAUGCAGAAAAGGCAGAUGAAGUUGAUGAAGAGGAUGUUGUACAUCUAAGGAAAAAGAAAAGGAAGUCAGACAAGCGUGCCGGAAAAUCCCCAUUUGCUAGCCUUGAAGACUAUGAACAUUUGCUUAACAAGGACAGCGCAGAAAAGCCCACUAAAUCAAGAAAGAAGAGAAAGAGUUCAAAUUAAGCAUGCCCCUAGUUUACAUUAAAGAGUUGCUGAUUUUGACAGCCUAUCAUCACAGAUUCUCCCGAGAUAGGUGAAGGAACUCUUUAUAUACCACAUAUUGUUGCCUCAAUUUUUCCAGCACCUAAUGUAUUGUGUUGUAAUCUUAAAAAGCUUAGCUGAUAACUCCAACCAAUUUAUAUAUUGUCGAAUCUACUAUUCCAACCAAUUUAAUUCCAAUACACAUUAGAAACAACAGAAAUAUUUUGCAAGUUUAUUUUACAGUAGACAACUAAUUGAUCACA